UGUCCCGCUCAGAGUAUAUACACCAAACCACCGCGCGGGACUCCUCAGAGUAGCGCCCGGCAAGAUAGCUACAGCACUUGGUGUUUUUUUUUUUACUAUAACACUGUUAAGAGAGCACUUAUAUUAUAGAGAACAGCGCUUUCCCGUUACAGCAGUCUCACAGACAUCUGCUCUGCAAAGAAGGUCAAUAUCGUAUCAGAAUAGAGAGUUUCACACCGAACUCAACUUCCAAACUUUAUCGAUUCAGACAGGACUGCGAGGGAUCCGAUGAUCUUUCACUGACAGCUGACAGACCCGAAGACGAGGACUAGAAGUCGUUUUUGAAGAGACUUUUGAUAUUUGUGGGCUUGUCUUCUAUGUCUACCAGGAUGGAAACUACUUUUUAUGACGACCCGCUCAACGCCUUCUCUCAACAUGACAACGCGGGUUACGGAUCAUACAACAAUCCCAAGCCCUUGAAACACAACAUGACACUGAACCUCGCCGAUCCAUCGGGGACCCUGAAGCCUCACCUCAGGGCGAAAGCCAGCGACAUUCUGACUUCUCCCGACGUGGGACUUCUGAAACUCGGCUCCCCGGAGCUGGAGCGGCUCAUCAUACAGUCCAGCAACGGCCUCAUCACGACCACGCCGACUCCAACGCAGUUCAUCUGCCCCAAGAACGUCACAGACGAGCAGGAGGGAUUCGCGGAGGGGUUCGUCCGGGCACUGGCAGAACUGCAUCACCAGCACAUGCCCAACGGAACUCCUGUGAGUGUCCCAUCGGCCCCGCCAGCCGCCGGGGUAAACAACGCUGUGCCACCACCACCUGCUGUUUCAUCCGCGGCCGGUGCCACCGCCGUAUACAAUAACAAUAGCACCAUGCGUUCUGAGUCGCCCGUCUACGAGGACUUAAACACGUUCAACCCGGCCAUCAGCACGGUCUCGGCCCCCAAUUACACAACGUCCCCCCCGACCAUAUCUUUCUCCGCCGCCCCGCAACUUCCCAUGUACGGGCAGCAGCAUCAUUCGGCUCCGCUGUCGCGAAUCACGGCGCUCAAAGAGGAGCCCCAGACGGUCCCGGAGAUGCCCGGGGAGACGCCUCCUCUCUCCCCGAUCAACAUGGAGAGCCAGGAGCGCAUCAAGGCGGAGAGGAAGAGGAUGAGGAACCGCAUCGCCGCUUCCAAGUGCAGGAAGAGGAAACUGGAGAGAAUAUCGAGGCUCGAGGACAAAGUGAAGAACCUCAAGUGUCAGAACUCGGAGCUCUCGUCCACCGCCAACAUGCUGCGCGAGCAGGUGGCCCAACUGAAGCAGAAGGUGAUGAACCACGUGAACAGCGGGUGCCAACUGAUGCUUACACAGCAACUUCAGACCUUUUGAGAAGCACAUCGGGGUGAAUAGCAAAGACUGUAGAAGUUGAACGAAAUGGAGCCAUCGUUUGAUAGUGAAAUGGGCUGUAUCUGGUGGAAUUAUGGCAGAGACUGGCGGGACCGGGGCCAGUACUUGAGUGCCACGCAGCCCCAAGUGGCGCAAACCGACGGGGCUGUGGACAGUGACAGUGGAGCCCGUGAGUGGAUAACACCACGCAGGACAUCAGGUUUGUCUAUUAAACAAAGCAGAAGAGCAGGGCACAGACACAUUGUCGAACUUCAACAAACUCUGCAUGGGCCUGAUCGUGACCAUCAAAGAAAUUCAGUAUUAAAGGACGAGAAGAUCCUGCCAUAGACAGUGUUUAUUGGUUGGUUUCUUGUUGUGGUGUUUGUUGCUGCUGCUGUAGCCUCGAGACGCCCCCUUCAGGCGUGUUGCCCCCUCGGAAAGGCUGAGAAGCGGACUCAAAGCUGCCUGACUUCUUAAUACAGUUCAUACAGUACAAUGUACUUUUCUUAAUUGCAAGAAACUGUUUAUUUACAUUGGAAAAGCUUCAAGAUUGACUUGUUCAUUUCUAAAGUUGUUUAAUGGGGUUUCACUCAUUGUGAUAUGUAUAUAGUAGGCUACUUACGUUGUGUAAUAUGUUUUGUAAUAAUACUGUAUCAUUUUUUUAUGUUGGUUUUCUGAGAUUUCAGAAACGAAUCAAUAUUUAAGGUAUGAAAUAAACCCAUACAAACAGAAAA